GGGGUCAGCUUUCGUCACUGAGGACAGGUCUGGAGGCAGGUGCGCGCGGGCGGAUAAGCUGGCUAUGGUGACAGGAAGAUGCUGGCCAGGAAGAGCAUCAUCCCGGAGGAGUACGUGCUGGCGCGCAUCGCCGCAGAGAACCUGCGCAAGCCGCGCAUCCGCGACCGCCUCCCCAAAGCGCGCUUCAUCGCCAAGAGCGGCGCCUGCAACCUGGCGCACAAGAACAUCCGCGAGCAGGGCCGCUUCCUGCAGGACAUCUUCACCACCUUGGUGGACCUAAAGUGGCGCCACACGCUGGUCAUCUUUACCAUGUCCUUCCUCUGCAGCUGGCUGCUCUUCGCGAUCAUGUGGUGGCUGGUGGCCUUUGCCCACGGGGACAUCUAUGCUUACAUGGAGAAAAGUGGACUGGAGAAGAGUGGCUUGGAGUCCACUGUGUGUGUGACUAACGUCAGGUCUUUCACCUCUGCUUUUCUCUUCUCCAUUGAGGUUCAAGUGACGAUUGGAUUUGGAGGGAGGAUGAUGACAGAGGAAUGCCCUCUGGCCAUCACAGUGCUGAUCCUCCAGAACAUUGUGGGUCUCAUCAUCAACGCGGUCAUGUUAGGCUGCAUUUUCAUGAAAACAGCUCAGGCUCACAGAAGAGCGGAGACUUUGAUUUUCAGCCGCCAUGCGGUGAUAGCUGUCCGCAAUGGCAAGCUGUGCUUCAUGUUCCGCGUGGGAGACCUGAGGAAAAGCAUGAUCAUCAGUGCCUCUGUGCGCAUCCAGGUGGUCAAGAAGACGACCACCCCUGAGGGGGAGGUGGUGCCUAUUCACCAGCUGGACAUUCCCGUUGACAACCCAAUUGAGAGCAAUAACAUUUUCCUGGUGGCCCCUCUGAUCAUCAGCCACGUGAUUGAUAAGCGCAGCCCCCUGUAUGAUAUCUCAGCCACUGACCUUGACAACCAAGAUCUAGAGGUCAUAGUUAUUCUAGAAGGUGUGGUUGAGACAACUGGCAUCACCACACAAGCACGAACCUCCUACAUUGCAGAGGAGAUCCAGUGGGGCCAUCGCUUUGUGUCUAUUGUGACUGAGGAAGAAGGUGUAUAUUCAGUGGACUACUCCAAAUUCGGCAACACUGUGAAGGUGGCUGCUCCGCGGUGCAGUGCCCGGGAGCUGGAUGAGAAGCCUUCCAUCCUCAUCCAGACCCUCCAAAAGAGUGAGCUGUCACACCAGAAUUCCCUGAGGAAGCGCAAUUCCAUGAGGAGGAACAACUCCAUGAGGAGGAACAACUCUAUCCGAAGGAACAACUCUUCCCUCAUUGUGCCAAAGGUGCAGUUUAUGACUCUAGAAGGAAAUCAAAACACCACAGAGUCAUGACGUCACAGCAACCCUCCACAGGCUUUCGUCAAGUGUUGAGAGUUGAGGCACAGAGCACUGUCAGACUGAACCAGAGCUGAGCACAAUAAUUUGCCUUAUAUUUUAAUGCACUAAAAGAUAUUUGUAUUUGAGAAACAGCACUUAAUAAACAAUAACACCCCAA